AUGCUGCACUGUGACGGUGAAUCAGCCGACAGCUUCGUUGACGUGAGAAUGGUGGGCUUCGACAGGGACGAACGUGGAGCAUUCAUCAAAGUGGAAUCGGGUGAAAUGUAUAGAGUUAAAUCUUCACAAGCGGUGUUGUUUGAGAAUGGUUCAUUCAAAUGUUUGCUCUGUAAGGAUGAAACAACAGAACAACACACAAACAAAUCGAACAACGAACGCGAAGACAAGAAAGUAUAUUCGUGUAACAUAUGUAACAAAAGAUUCACGAGCCGAGGCUUGCUGCUCGAACAUCGUAACACACACAGCGGCGCGCGGCCCUACGAGUGUGAGACGUGCGGGAAGGGGUUCGCGUCUAAAUACACGCACCAGUCGCACGUGAAGACGCACCAGGCUCGUCCGCGCCCCUUUAAAUGUACGCAGUGUGGAAAAUCAUUCUUCACUUUACAAAAUCUAAACCAACAUGAGAAAACACAUUCUGGAGUUAAAGACUUUAUAUGCGAGCGCCCGUUUGCGUGUGAGAUAUGCGGCGCUAGAUUCACACAGCGUCUACUCGACUACCACGUCAAAGCUGCUCACACAGGCGAGCGACCUCUCAAAUGUGAAGUAUGCCGCGCCACGUUCGUGUAUCCCGAGCAUUAUAAGAAACACGCUCGAAUACAUAGUGGGGAGAGGCCAUAUUCUUGUGAGUCUUGUGGUCUUCGUUUGCUGCCAGUAGAGCUCCCAGACGGUACUAGCGGUUGGGUCGCGAUCAACCAAUGA